CGGAAAGGAGGAAGAAGAGGAUUGUGGGAAAUUUAACUACCGCGACAUUUGGUAAUGACAUCAUCUGUACGCGACAGAACAAAAGCGGGAGGUUCAUGUUUAUUUGAAGAGAUAUUAGAAGAAUGCUUGCAGUUUUUUGUUUCAGACCCUUUAGCACUAAGUAGAGUGUGACUGAAGGGCGCUGAGAUGACCACACAGAGAGUCCUCCCGCAAAGCAAAGAGACUCUCCUGCAGAACUACAACAAAAGACUUAAAGAUGACAUCAGGUCAAUUCUAGACAAUUUUACGGAAAUAAUCAAAACUGCUAAGGUGGAAGAUGAAACUCAGGUUUCCAGGGCGACACAAGCUGAGCAGGACCACUAUGAGAUGCAUGUGCGAGCCGCCAACAUUGUACGUGCAGGAGAGUCUCUCAUGAAGCUUGUCUCAGACCUGAAGCAGUUCCUCAUCUUGAAUGACUUCCCCUCUGUCAAUGAGGCCAUCAGUCUCCGCAACCAGCAGCUGCGCACUCUGCAGGAAGAGUGCGACAAGAAGCUCAUCUCCCUGCGUGAUGAGAUUGCCAUCGACCUAUAUGAGCUCGAGGAAGAGUAUUACUCCUCCAGGUACAAAUAGACCAGUGAUCCCAAACGUGUGCAGUCACCUCUGCCUUCCCUUGCUUACCAACGCCAUAAACGUGAUGCAUAUGUACAUCAUAAGAACAUAACACAUGGUGAUUUAUGGAGCCAUUAUUAUGUCUAUAAAGAUAUUUUUAACUUGCACAACCAAUUAUUGGCUCCAACCGUUGAUCAUUUUACUAAAAUAUGCGCUAACCUUGUUGGUUUGCCCUAUUUGUUUUAUUACACCUUGUUAGAUUGGUCCUCCGUAAACAUACACACACAUUCAUAUACCAUUGUGCCUUAAUAAGAGUGUUUAUUCUUGCAAGUAAGCCUAUAGCUAAUGAAAGUGUGCAUUUUUCCUCUCACACAGCUGUCAUGUAGUAAGACUCCCUUACAAUUUAGAUACUGUAGACCCUUAGGUUUUAUUCCAUUCCUCAUGUUUAUAACAAGACAGACAUCAUCAUAUCUGUUUCUGCUAUAGCAAAAUCCAUAUAUCCAUAUUGUCAUAUCCAUCCAUAUUGCAGUCACACCAAAGAAAUUUUAAAGCACUUUCCAUAUAAAAAGUUUUGUACAAGAAAACUUCUGUUAUACAUAUAUAAGUGCAUGUAAAUAUUUCCCCUCCAGGUGCCUUAAUCGAUUGUUUUUGAGAAGAUUUACUUUAUUUUGCAAUCAGGAAUCAGGAUGUGUAUUUACUUUUAUUAGUGGUGCUGGUCAGAUCUUUUUUUUAAAUUUUUUUUUAUAGAGAUUAGUAUAGGAUAAAUCUGGAUCUUUAUUGUUAUUUAAUCAUUUUAGAUAAAUUUAAGCUGUCUUUGAAGCACACCAUUGUAACCAGUAAUAGUUAUAUGUGAAGAGAAAUUUCCACUGGGUUUUUAUGGAAACAAUUUCAUAAUUGAUUUUUUUUUUUUUUUUUUUUUUGUGGAAAAUUUUUAAUUUUAAUGUCAUUUGAUAUUUUGAUAUAUCAAAUAUCAAAUGACAUAUAGGGUGCUGUAAGAACUGUAUAGAUUACUUUUAAGAAUCACAUUAAUUUGCUUACUCAAAAAAAGUUAAGAUCAAGAAGCAGUUUUUUUUUUUUUUUUUUCUUUUUUUUUUUUGAGAAUUCAAAAACGCCAUGAUUUUUUUUAUUUCUCUGUUAAAGUAAUUGAAGAUUGUGUAACUGGCAAAAUAUUUUAGCUUUCAGUGGCAUAUGGGUAAAGUUAAAAAUGUAAAAUUUAUCAUUUAUAAAGCAUUUGUUUUCGUCAGUGGUUUAAAAUUGCACUACACUAUGUUUCUUUGUGGUGCCGUAUUUAGUAGAAACAGGGUUGGUCACAUUAAUACCUGUUUAAAAUGUAUCAGAUUAUUUGUCAGGUUUUCCACAAACCAACUGGUCAUUUCAAAUUUCAUAAAUAAACCAGAUAGAAACGAGA